AUGGCUGACGUUUCUGGUAGCAGUAUCGAUUUCCGGGUGACUUCACUUCUUACAGAGCACUUUGGGUUUCCUCCAUUGGCUUUAGUAGACGAUGUGAUAAACGCCGUCAACGAGAUCAUGUAUAAGUGCACUCUGGGGGUUGAAUCGUAUUUACAGGAACGAAAAGAGCAUGCUUUGAAAGCAGGCAAGGAUUCAAGUGAUGUGUUCAGACUUGUGACGAGCGAUGAAAUCAAAAUAGGCACAGCUAAGUUGGAGACGUUAUUGGAGAGUCAGGUAGAUCGCAAUUUCGACAAGUUCGAGUUGUACACGUUGAGAAACAUAUUUACGUUGCCACAUGACCUUGUAGAAGACGGCUGGAUUAAGUUAAAGCAUCACGAAGGCAUUGAGUUUACAGAUAAAGCUUCUUUGCGAAAACUGGAACUUGACGAGAAAAUCUCGUCCUUAGUAAAUAACAUAAGGCUCGAAGCGCAAUUGCGCAAGAUAUUGAAACUCCAGAUCAUCAAAGCACGCAAAGUGAUAAAGAUAUUGCGACUCUUCAGAAACAAUUUGGGUAAUACUGACAAUACCAACAGCAGUAAACCACAGCUUUCGCCAAAGGCGCGUGAAGCAUUGAAGUCGUUGUCUCCCAUUGAUGAGACUCUCUAUUUCUUGCUUCAGCAGGUGGAUGAUUUAAUUUCACAGACAAAUAGACUUUCAGAAAAGUUGAAGCUCUCCGGCUCGAACCAGAUCCAGUUUUUGCCGAAUCUUCGAGACAGGUAUAUCGACAGCAAAUCAAUGGAGAUAUUACAG